CUCUGAUGCGGUGUAAAUCUCGCAGUUGGCGAGAAUAAUCAUUAAUCAAGGAAAAGAUGGCGAAUGGAAGGCGUAUGCUCGUGUUCUUGUUAAUUAGUGUGUUACUAUGCGUAUCAGUGGAUUGUGAUUGUAAAUUUGAUAGCAAGUUGCUAGGAGACUGGAUACUGUUUGACAGCAAACACCAGAUUGAUGGAGAAUACAGGAUAGAUAAUAAAACCAUUCACCCUCCAAGGAAUCUACUCUACGAACAAUCUAUCGGCAAUAUCAAAUGCAUCCAGAAAAGGGAUAAUAUUUACCUACUUGCCAACGUCACAGUCAAAAGCUUUUCUCCCUUUAGAGAAGAAGUGAAUAACUACAUAUGCAGUGUAUUUACUCACCGCAGUGCCAACUUUAUAGAAUGGAUGCAAUAUGCCGCACAAACACAGAAAUAUGGGGGAUAUUCUAUCACAUCCUCCUGUCAGGGUGACGUCAUCGAAGAUGGCCAGCUUCCAGAUAUGUCAAAAUAUGGACGAUGGACUCCCUUAUAUGCUAAAUAUCCGACCUCAGUGGCAUGCCCGUUGAACACCCUGUUUCACUAUGCAUUCACUCACACACAUGACAAUGGCGCUCAAGUUUACAACCCCAAGUUAGACGGAUGUACACAACUCGAUUCAUUUCUCGAUGCCGGCUGUACUAAUGUCGAUACCUUCCACUUCGACUACAGUAGAUGCGCUAGGAAACAAGCUAACUCAGAUGUUGGUGACUUUUCAUGCCUUGCCACGUGGUCGUCAAAUUAUACAUACCGUUACCAUUUCACUGACCGCUAUUAUGGUGUGGAGUGGAGGGAACUUCAGUACGUUAUACUCAGAAACAAGGACGAGCAUAUUGCCGAUAACAGCACCGGCAAAUAUUUCUGUUACGUAUGGGAGCACCAAUGGUUAACGUAUGGUAACGAGAGUGACCCGGAUGCAGACUCUGAACGCUAUACCUACAUGUCGGGUGUCCCCGUGAUGUGCCCACCUGAAAUCAGACCAAAGCCAUAUUCCCGAGUCCUUUUGCAAAACAGAAUAACAUCGGUGAAGCGUUGAUGUUGAAACAAGUCGGUGACGGAAAACACAGGUGCCAGUCUCCGGCAGCUUUGUCUGCGGCUUCCAUGGUUACCAUUACCAUGGUAACUGUUGUCAUUCCCCUCCUUUGCAUCAUGCAUCUAAUGCAAUUAACGAUGAUAUAAUUUAUCUAAAUACAAGUCCGCGUUCUGCUAAAGUGCCUCAUUUAACAUGAUCAUAGAUCGCAUUCUUCAUAUCUUUGCCGAAUUUGUCUUAGUUGUAUUUUCUCUCUGGCAGUUGCUCUGUGCCUAAUAAACUUUUGUAUUUAAAUAAUGUGCA